AUGAGGGUGUACAUCACGGCGACGGCGACGGCAACCGCGGGCGCCGACGACGCGACGAAGCCCAAGGUGGCGCAGCCACAGCCCCAGAAGCAGCAAGCGGCGCGGCGCGGGUGCCGCUCGGCUGCCAUCACGGGGCUCCUCGCCGGUCUGCUCCUCUUCCGCGCCGCGCUCCUCGCCAUCGAGGCCGGCGCCUCCCUCUGCCCUUCCACGACCGGGUGCCUGGACUGGCGGGCGGGGCUGGGGCGCUGGCUCUACGGCGACGGCGGCGACGCGACGGAGGAAUUUAUGAAGGAAUGGAGGCGUCACAGGGAAGCCACCCUGCUGGACCCUGUGGUGGUGGGAGCGGCGCCGGACUCCCUGGACGCGCUCAUGGCGGAGAUGGCCACCAUGCUGGCGUCCUACGACCGGAUUGACAUGGAAGCCGUGGCGAUCAAGAUGAUGGCCAUGCUGCUGAAGAUGGAUCGGAAGGUAAAGUCAUCAAGGAUCCGGGCUGUGUUCAACCGGCACCUGGCGUCGCUGGGCAUCCCCAAGAGCGUGCACUGCCUCGCCCUUCGGCUCGCCGAGGAGUUCGCGGUGAACUCCGCGGCGCGCUCCCCGGUGCCGCCGCCGGAGCACGCCCCACGCCUGACCGACGCGUCGUGCCUCCACGUCGCGCUCGUGACCGACAACGUGCUCGCGGCCGCCGUCGCGGUGGCCUCCGCCGCGCGGAGCGCCGCCGACCCUGCCAGGCUGGUGUUCCACGUGGUCACGGACAAGAAGAGCUACGUGCCCAUGCACUCGUGGUUCGCGCUGCACCCGGUGUCGCCCGCGGUAGUCGAGGUCAGGGGCCUCCACCAGUUUGACUGGCGCGACGCCGGCGUCGUCGCCUCCGUCAUGAGGACGGUCGAGGAGGUCCAGAGGAGCUCGCUGGAGUAUCACCAGUGUGAUGGAUCGGCGGAGAGGGAGCACAGACAGCUCGAAGCAUCCAGACCGAGCACGUUCUCGCUCCUCAACUAUCUCAAGAUCCAUCUCCCGGAGUUCUUCCCUGAGCUUGGUAGGGUGAUGCUUCUGGACGACGACGUCGUGGUACGCAAGGACUUGGCCGGGCUGUGGGAGCAGGACCUUGACGGGAACAUCAUCGGCGCGGUCGGCGCUCACAAAGGCAGCGGCGUCUGCGUCGACAAGACCUUUGGCGACCACCUGAAUUUCUCGGACCCCGACGUGUCCGGCCUACAUAGCUCGCAAUGCGCGUGGUCGUGGGGCGUCAACAUCGUCGACCUCGACGCGUGGCGACGAACGAACGUUACCGAGACAUACCAGUUCUGGCUACAAAAG